AUGGGUACAGGUAAAAAGGAGGCGUCUCGACGAGAGCGCCAGGGGAAGAAUAAUGAUGGAAUGGCCAACGUUCGAACCAAAGGAGAAAAUUUCUACAGAGAUGCGAAGAAGGUGAAGACUCUUAACAUGUUCAAGGAUGGGAAAGCUCAAAGAAAUGCGUCUGGAAAAAUCACAAAAGCUGCAUCCUAUCAGUCUCGAGACAAGCCAGUUGCCAGGAUAGAACCGAAUAGGAAAUGGUUUGGGAAUACUCGAGUCAUCUCUCAAGAGGCCUUGAGCUCAUUCCGGGAGGCCGUUGCUGAAAAAGCGGCUGACCCUUACCAAGUCCUGCUGAAAACAAACAAACUCCCAAUGAGUCUCAUCCAAGACGGUCACACUCCAAACGGCCUGAAGCAGCACAAGGCUAAGAUUGCCGUUGAGAAUGCACCGUUUAGUGACACGUUCGGACCCAAGGCUCAGAGAAAACGGGUCAAGCUGAGUGUUGACACCCUUGAAGGUCUCGCUGGAGAGACGGUAAAGAUGCAUGACAGCUAUGUGGAUCGUCUUGAACAAGCAAAAUUACUCAGUGGUACAUCAGGCGAUGCCCAUAAUGCCGACGCUGAUGGCGCAGAUGCAGACCUUACCGCCGCCAGAGAACCAAUUUUCUCGAAGGGCCAGAGUAAACGAAUCUGGAAUGAACUGUACAAAGUCAUUGAUUCUUCAGACGUUAUAGUUCAUGCUCUGGAUGCCCGAGACCCUGAAGGGACCCGGUGUAGAAGCGUUGAGAAAUAUAUCCAGGAGGAAGCGCCACACAAACAUUUGAUUUUCGUUCUGAACAAAUGCGACUUGGUACCAACUAGUGUUGCCUUGACUCGCUUUCGUUUUGAAGGCUUAGUCGAAAAGGGCAUGGCUUCUUGGGUCCGUACCCUGUCAAAGGAAUACCCUACUCUUGCCUUUCAUGCAAGUAUCAAUAACUCGUUUGGAAAAGGCUCAUUGAUUCAGCUGUUGCGCCAGUUUUCAAUCCUCCACUCGGAUCGCAAGCAAAUAUCAGUGGGAUUCAUUGGCUAUCCCAAUACAGGAAAAUCAUCCAUAAUUAACACGCUCCGAAAGAAAAAGGUGUGCACUGUUGCUCCCAUCCCUGGUGAGACCAAAGUAUGGCAAUACAUCACCUUAAUGAAGCGAAUUUACCUCAUUGAUUGCCCUGGAGUUGUACCCCCAAGCAAUAAUGCUACUGAAGAGGAUAUCCUCCUGCGUGGAGUUGUUCGAGUAGAGAAUGUUGAAAACCCAGAACAGUACAUUCCCGCAAUCCUCAAAAAGACGCAACAAUGUCAUAUUGAGCGAACAUACGAAAUCAAGGGGUUUGCAGACGCCACCGAAUUCCUCAGCAUAUUAGCUCGAAAGGGCGGUCGGUUGCUAAAGGGUGGUGAGCCCGAUGUUAACAGCGUUGCAAAGAUGGUUAUAAAUGACUUCCUUCGUGGGAAAUUGCCUUGGUUUACUCCGCCACCUAAAUCCGCAGAAACUGGAGAUGAGAAAGUCAAUGGCCGUGAUGGCCGUUUGGGGGAAAUGGGAUUAAAGAGAAAAAUGGAUGAUGUUAAAGAUGAUACUAGAGAAGAAACGAAAUCUGAUGCUGAUGCUAGUGAUGGUAGUGCGGAGAGCGCUGAACCUGGAGAUAUGGAGGAUGGGUCAGAUGACAACGAAGAUGAAAGUGAAUUCGAAGGGUUUGGAGAUUCGGAAAACGAAGAUGGGGGUGCUCCUAUAAACACAAAUCCCAGCACAUGA